AUGCGUCUCGCCGCAGCAAUGCGCAGGGGAAGGGCAGGCCAAAUAAUGCGCGCCCGUGGAGCCACUCCGGUGGUUCUGGCUUUGGCUGCAGGGACCCUCCUCUCCAGGAGUUUCAUUGGCUGCCAGCCGUCAGACCGGGGCUCGCGUGUGUCUCGUGCCUUCUUCGGUGGCCUCUUUGGAAGUCCCCAGGGCUCACCAACACCCAUCAAGGACGCUCCGCAGGAGAAUGCCAGGCAUUAUCUGACCGGAAACGCCAUGUAUCCUCCCUGGCCAGCUGGGAUGCAGGAGGCCAUGUUCGGCAUGGGCUGCUUCUGGUGUGCGGCCCCCAAGUUGCUGCGCAGUUCCGAGAACAUCUUCAUGAGGAUGCCGGGCGUGUACUCUACACAGGUGGGCUAUGCUGGUGGCAGCAUCGAAAACCCCACCUACGGCGAUGUCUGUACGGGAGCGACGAACCACAAUGAAGUGGUUCGCGUCGUGUAUGAUCCUCAGAAAGUUUCAUACGCCGAGCUCUUGCAGAAGUUUUGGGAGAAGCAUGACCCAACAACGCUGAACCAGCAGGGGAACGAUUUCGGCACACAGUACCGAUCAGGUAUCUACUAUUAUUCCGAGGAGCAGAAACUGCUGGCCGAGGAAACCAGGGCCCGCUACGAGCAGGCCAUUCGAAAGGAGGGCGCCGCUUGGGGCCGAUCCAUCGCCACAGAAAUUGUGCCCGCACCGACUUUCUACUAUGCUGAGUCCUACCACCAGCAGUAUGACGCGAAGCCCGGCAAUCGAGAUUACUGCGGCCUGCGACCGUUGGGUGUCCAACUCGACAUCAGCGACGUGGAGAAGAUGGAGAAGAAGGUCGACGCGUGA